UCGGGCGAACUUCAGUUCGUGACUAUAAGCAAAAGCACAAACAUUGAAGAAUCGCGCAGUUCGUUGGCGGUCUAUAUAAAAACAAAGAAAAUAUACUCAUUAAGAAUGAGCGAAAUAGCAAAGCCAAAAUUUAUUUUCGAUUUUCAAAAGUUGAUGAAAACCUUCACUGAAAUUUGCCCGGACUUCUGCGAUGAGCCGAGCUAUGCAAAUGCAACAAUGAGCCGCCGCUUCGCCGAGCAGGUAAUUUUCGAAUACAGCAGGGAGGCCAAAGAGGCGAAGGCGAAGAACAUCGAUGAGGUGCGGAAAAUGACGCUGGUAUCGAAGUGCGCGCAAGAAUAUUCAAUAAAAAACAAGGUGACCAUAUUGCUGUACACCAAAAACCCGCCGCCGCCCACGCAGCCAAGCCUGCUGCACGGCCAUCUAGAGCUGACCUUCAAGCAGGCUAGUCUCCUGGCGGUGGCAAAGUACUGCCAGCUGGUGCCAUAUCUAGUGGCGCGCAACGAGAUAGUGCUCACUCCGUUGGCUGGGGCGAUAUUCGCCAAGGAGGAUUUACCUGAGUUUGCUAGAGCCUUGCGCGAGCCACUGCCCGAUCUGGUGAUGGCCAUCAUCAGCAGCUGCCAAACAGACGGCUACUAUCUUCAGCACAGCCGUUGCGACAUCGCACUCGCAGCCCUUAUCAAGACGGUUAACGAUUUGAAGAUGCGAGCAUCGAUCGUCAAGAAGACCAUCAAGAUGUACAAACUGUAUGGCAAGGAUUUCGACAUGGCCAGGUUUGAAAUAUGCAUCAAGUUUCUGAAGUCCGAAAAAGUGAAGGGCUCGAACUAUGACAUCGAGCAGAUAUUCUCAAGUGUAAUGUCGAUUGACCUGAAGAACAACGUUCAGCCGCCCCCAAAUCCUUUGCGUUCCACGGAGAAGCGAAAAAUUAAAUGCGCUGCGAACUUCAGCGGAAAAACUGAUCAAAACCGCAAGAAAUGAAACUUUAAACAGUUUUUAUUUUUGUACUUGUUUCGUGGGAAAUGCUAAAAGAAGACGGAUUUCAACAUUCGCUGGCUUCUUAUGCCCUCAGCUUUAAACUACGUGGUCAAUCUUGAAAUUGGAUAAAUCGAUUCCAAACCGUUCUGCUUCUGGAUUUAAUCCGUUACUAAAAUAUUUCUAUAUUUAAUAUA